AUGCUGCUCGAGUGUACGACCUGCGGCAGGACCCUCAAGAACGAGGCCGGCCUCAUCCAGCACUGUAAGGACAAAGGACACGCGUUCCCCGCCCCGCCAGGGCCUCGGAUCGCCGCGCCCUCCCCCGCCGUCCGGGUCACGGUCCCCAUCCUCUCCUCCACGGGGGGCCGCUCAAGCCCGUUCAACACCACGGCAAGGCCCGCCGUGAGCUUUCCAGUCCCCAACUCCUUCCGUUCGGCAACCCCAUCCACCGCGCCGAAGCCGGCGUUCGAGUGCCGCCCAUGCGCGCUCGGCUUCGCGGACAAGAUCGCGUACGACAGCCACUACGCGAACAAGCACCUCACGAAGCCGUUCAAGUGCGUGCCGUGCGGUGUGGACUUCGCCGCGUCGGAGGCGCUCGCGGCGCACCUCCGCGCGGUGUCCACGCACCCCAAAUGCGCCACGUGCGGCGCGGCGUUCGUCGACCAGAAACAGCUCGACUUCCACUCCGUCAGCCACCCGCUCUGCGACAAGUGCGGCGUGGUCGUGCUUGGGAGGCUGCAGCUCACCGAGCACUACCGUCAGUCUCCGGGGCACCCCUCGUGCUUCAUUUGUGCCGAGGGUUUCGUGAACCUCGUCGAGUGUGACGAGGCAAGUGGUCAUGUCUCCAAAUCUCAUCAGGAUAGCUACUGUCGCUUCUGCACCCGACAGUUCCGCCUUGUGGAAGACCUGCAGAACCACUACAUGACUUCGCCUUCCCACCCUCACUGUGCCCUUUGCGAAGUCGGCUUCGCAGAUGAGGACGCCUGCGAUGAAGUAAGCAAUCAGUUGCAGGUACACCCACAUCGUUGUUAA